CGUUGCUUCAGUCAUUGAUGAGCUGUCGGCGGAUAUCGCAGGUAUCUCAAAGUGAGCGCAAAGUCGGAAUUACAUGUAAAAGUGGCUCAGACACUCUAGUCGUGUAAAGUUAAUAGCGGACAGUGGUGAGAAGUGAAAGAGAAUUGCAUUUGUUAUUGCUUUUGUUUUUCACUGAUGCGAGGUGAGCUCAACAACAAUAACAACAAAACUAACAACCGCUCCAACAGUGAGACAACAAGCCAACAACACUGGUAAAACAAUGCAACAAAGUGUUGCCAACAGUCGACUAAUUAACAUGCAACGAAUGUGAUCAACGUGCGCGAAUAUUCACAAGAAAAAAGUAGAAAAAAGCGAGAAAAACGACACUAAAAAGCGCAGAACACACACAAAUAGCACGAAGUGUGCAUUGCAGAUCGUAAACCGCCGCUGGCGGAAAAGUUACAAUGAGUCAAUGUGAGAAAAAAAGCGAAAUAAAAAAAAAACGGUCAUAGGGAAGACUGCGGCAUUUGCUAAAACAUAAACACCAUUCGUUCGGUGGCAGGCAAGUAGUAUGCGCGGCGAUAAAACGUGAAUGCAUAAUGAACUGAAAGUGCGGCAGUAUGUAACGUGCAACGUGCAACAUGCAAUAUGCGGCAAACAAAAUAGCAAACGAUAAAAGAUUGACAAACAAAAAUAUCGCUUACAAAAUCAGCAACAACAACUACGGGAAGCAACAAUAAAUACAACGAAAUUCAUUAGCAGCCUGAGCAGAGUGACAACAUUAACACCAACGAUUGCCACAAAGUCCAAUUGCACCAAAAAAUACCUAGCUGAAAUCGUAGAAACAACAAAAGAAAACACUUAAAAAAAAAAAUACAAAAAGUCUUCAUUAUCGAUAUCGGCUGUGGCUGCGUGCACCCUGUUGCCACCUCCGGUCGCACUGACAGCCGUUGAUAGUCGUCGUUUAGCCGCCAGACGUUCGCGCACACCAUCAGUGCCACCACCAACACCGCCGCCGUCAAUCCUCAGGGUAUCUCGUUUAUCCCAGCUGUGGCAAGCGCGAAAUCGCGGAGUUGGCAGAAAAAUAUUUUAUUUAUUUAUUUAUUGCGCUUUGUAGUUGGUGUGUAUGGCGUUGUUGUUGCUGUUGCAUUAAUUUUCUGUAGAGUGGCUUCACCAAUGAACGCUGCUGCUGUUGCUGCUGCGCCAGCGGGUAUCCAUCGCUCCGUUGGUGCUAAUUAAGCUGCAGCGAAUUUUUGUUUAUGCGACUGGUGAUAUUUUUUGCAGAUGUUGCUGAUUGCUGGCAAUUAAAGUGGCGGAAAAUUGAAAUAACAAGCCAAACCAAAGAAGAAGAAUAAACAUUUGUUCGAAAGUAAAUACGAAAAAAGCGUAAACGCUGUCCUGGGACUUUUAUAAAAAUGAAAAAAAGUUCAGGAGGAAACAACAGUGGUGGCGAGAGCAUAUUUGGCAUAAAAUAAAAAGAUUUCGGUCAGUUGAAAUACACUGCAAGGGUACGAGAAUAAAACAUAUGUAUGAAUUGAAUAAAAUUGCAAUUCACUGCUUAAAAUUAGCAGCUGCCAGAAAGCCACAAAACUUUACUUUCAGUCGAAAACUGUUUGCAUUGCACUUCGAAGAGUCAAGCUUUUGGCAAGCAGAUAUAAGUUGCAGCAAUCGCUCACAAAACUCAAAAAGCAGCAGGCCGGCUACAACAACACCAACACCAUAGUCACAAGCGUCUUACUGCAAAAGCCCCACCUGCCUAGCGGUACGCGGAAACAUUGGCUCUGUCCGUUUGAGACUGCUGGUGCAAGGACUAUAAAACUCCAAAAAGGAAGAAGAAGACAACCCUGCAAAAACAAGAAGCAGACACAGCAACAUGUCGGUGGUGAUGCGUAAUGCACCGCGUCUUUUCGGCGAAGAAAAUGGUCGUUUGCCACAAUUGUAUGCCGGCAAUCCGGCUAUCGCCACAGCUGCUGCGGCUGCCAAUGUGCGCAAUUGCAAUUGCUGCCCCUACGGUUACCACAUCGAUUUGGAUUUUGUACGCUACUGCGAAUCGCUAGCGAAUGCCAAGCCAUCGGAGGAGGAGCUGCAGCGUCGCAGUCGCCGGCGCUCGCGCAAAUCAAUGGAAUUCAUGCUGGGUCUGGACGCUAUGUUCGAGCAGUGGGACGCCGCCGCACGGGUGCAGGCAGUGCCAGAGGUGCCACACGAAAAUGACUCACCCGAUUCACCACGCUUGCCGCCGCCACCCAUACCGCACGCCUCCCACACCACCACCGCCUUUUGCACAUCCACGCCGCGUCCACGCUCCUCGUCGGUGCCGCGUUACACCUACGGCAGCAACUGCAGCAGUGUGCCCCGCGCUGAUUCACCCUUCGGCACAGCCUCAUCCACCUGCUCGUCAGUGCGUGGCGCAGAGAGUGAUGUGCCAUAUAGCAUGCUACGUCAGCGCCAACAAGAGCAUCAAUCACGCCGUGAUGCGCCCGAGACGCGCGCGUUUCUGCGCGAAGCGCUCGACGAAGUGUGCAGUGAUUUUGAGCGCACGCUGGAGCGCACAUCGUUGCGACGCAAGAAGGCGGUGAGCUGUAAUGAGCGCGAUGUUGGUUUUAGUGGUGGUGGAGGUGGCAGGCUGAAUGGCCAAUUAUGCGGCUAUGGCGUGGCCAGCGAUCGCAAUAACAAUCAUCAGCCGACAUUCGCCAUGAAGACGGAUCUACCAGCGGCGAAGUUUGGCAAGACGACGAGUUGGAUGCGCGAAGCGUAUGCGCGCAAUGGCUACAGCUGUAAUGGCAAGCGCUAUGCUUGGGAGCGUCCCGGCGAACAAUCGAUUGAUUCGUGCGUCGCUGGCAACAAGUCACCACGCACGGCGCGCUACCUAGCCAAGGCCGCGGCCGCGUUACCCGUUCAUCAGAAGCUCUCGCCCGCCGAGCAGCAGUAUGAGUCAUAUGUUCAGGCCACAGUGGCGGCGAACGCCAAGUCGCCAGUGGAACAGCUAGUGCCACCACCACCGCCGCCACGUCGUCACCCACCGCAACCAAGAAGGCUGCUACUGAGUCCACGAAAUGGUGAAACUGAGUUGAUAGACACAGACGAUGUCGACAGAAAACAAUCGCAGUCGGAAGGUGAGGCGCCAGUGUUUGAUGAAAACGCCGCACCGCAUUUCGCAUCACCGCCAGCAACGAAUGGCGCGGAAACAAGUGCUGCAAGUGAUGCACAAACACUGUUUAGCAUACGCCAGCAGAUGGCGCUGAGCUUGAAGCGCAUGAAAGAUUUGGAGGAGCAAGUGAAAUCUAUACCCGAACUGCAGCACGAGCUGACGCAAUUGCGUGACGAAAAGCAGCGACUGCAGCAAUCACUGCAGCGCAAGGAGGACGAACUGCAGCGUGCACGUGAAGCGCCGCGUCCGUCCCCCUCACCCAGCCCAGCGGCAAGUUUAAAAAAUGGCUCUCCAGUGCAGUUCACGCCGCAACGCAUCAGCCCGGUCUCGUUGGAGAGUUUAGGCUCUCGCCUGCGCGCCAAUUCGAGCAGCUCCGAACGUCAGCUGCGCGCGUCUGCCACACUCAAGCGCGAUGUGGGCACCAUGUGCGGGCUGCAUGCGACGCGUGACAUCGCAGUCGGCAGUCCGAUACAAAUGGUGCGUAGUGUGGGCACAAGCCCCGCACAGCAGCUACGCAGCAUCACCGAAACGCUUCACUCGCAAUGGGAAAUGGAAGAACAUACACAAAUUGCCAUAAGGCGCUAUGAGGAGCUACGGGCGCUACAGCAGCUCAAGCAGACAGUGAACGUGGGCACGCAAAUGCACGUGCCGCGUUGUGUGGACAGUGGAGUGCAGACCACAACGGCGCCGAAGGUGCUUAAGAAUUCGGUGAGUGUCAUGGCCAGCCCCCAAACACGGGAAGCUAUAGUCAGCUGUCGUCCGGAAGUUCGUUCUAUGGGCUGUUCGGAGGACAACAUAUUGGAUCCGCUGUGUGACAAGUGCCGCAUUGUUAAGCGCAGCAUAGGCUGCAGUACCGAAGACCCCGGCUUUAUUAAAGUCAAGUCAGUCUCACUGAAAUUACUCGACUCACCUGGAUUUCUGCGUAGCAAAACCUUUUCGUUGGGUGAGCACGAGCGACUCGGUCGGAUAUCCAAAUCCACGGGCACACAGUACACACCUGUACCAGUACAUAACACUGGCAGCCAAACCGCGACCACUUAUGUGCACGCUGUCGGCGUGCAAUGCUCACCGGACCAGCGUCAUGUCAGUGCGCAGAGCGAAGUGGAGCGGCAGACGCGACAAACGGACACGCGCGAUCUGAUACGGCUCUGCGCGACACAAACUAGCACCGAGGAAUAUGUGCCGCCGCCUGUGGUCAUUGUUGAACCGCCGCCUCAGAAGGAGGAAAAGCCUGCGCCGCCGAAAGCGGUAACGCGCACAACUGCCAGCAAUACUGACGCGCCGCGUACUGUUGACUACGGUGUAAAUACGCUACCGCCUGCGCCUAUACGCCACACGGCGGCGAACACUGAAUCGGUGCGUAAACGCGACAUUGGUUGUGGUGAUGUCGUGAAGCCGCAUAUCUCCAUCGCCUGCGCGGAUAACUACUGUGAUUCCUGCAAGGACGCAAUAAAGAAUUUGGCCAAAGAUUUCUCGAAAGUUCUGUCACCACAGUCGCCACCAUCGCCCAAGCCGCGUCCACCACCACCAGUACGCAGCGCCUCCAUGGACUCACGCAUACCGCGUCGCAAAAACAUACCACCUAGUCCCAGUCCGGUGCGGCGGCCCUUCCAGCGGCAGAAUACGUACACUAUAACAACAACGCCGGAGAAACAACCAGCGAAGACAACACAGAGUUCGCUGCAUGAGAAGCCGCCAUCCAUCGGUCACUUUUUGCCACCCGAAUCGGCUAGCGAAACACAAAGCUUCAUCACUGAGCCCACCAACGGAGCUGGCGCGGCCGGCGCUAAGAUUGCAGCGCCCAAAGCAAUCACUUCCAUCACUGCCCCAUCAUCUGCCGCAAGUUCGCGCCGCGCAUCUGACGCCAGUCAACAACGCGCUGAGGCGCUAGAUACUAGCCAAGUUGAUGAGACUACGCCGCUGCAACCGAGCCUCGAUGGACUGAUUGUGCGUGAGGAGAAGCGCGUCAGCGUCAGCUGGUCUCGCGAUGCCUCACCAGCACCGCACAAAGAAGGCCCUUCACCGUACCGCUCGCUGGAGAGCUCAUUCAAUGAGAAGUUAAAGGAGGAGUCCACACUGGAAACAACAAAAGCUGUGCUGGCUGAGGAAAGCGAAGAAAAGGAGGAUACUUUGGUCGAUGUGGAUGUUUCGAAGGGUGCGCGUCGCAAGACUACAACGCUGAAAUCUAGUCAAAAUUCAAGCAAGCAAGAGGAAAAAAUUGAAACCUCAACAGCGGCAAAAAAGGAGGAGGUGAAAGGGGAACAGUUGAAUCAAGAGAAGCGCGAGGUGCAGGAGCGCCUACCAUCCAAGGCGCUGCUGCAGAAAUUGGCAAUGGUUGAGGCGGAGCCACGACAAAAAUUCGUUCCGCCUGUUGAGAUGCUAAACGCUCUGAGAACCAUCAAUAACUCACUAUUGAAGAAAGUUGACGCAAAGUCUUUAUCGGCGACCAGCUUGAAGUCAUCUAAAUUGAUCAUACAACAGGAAUGGUUCCGCGCUUCGAGCACCGAAAAGGCAAAUCCGCAUGAGGUAGAGGAUUACUUGGACUGCUUUGAGGAAAUGUCGGUGGCGCUGCUGGAGUACUGUGUCAAUAUGGUGGAUGCUAAUGGCAAUACAGCAAUGCACUAUGCGGUCUCGCAUGGCAACUUUGACGUCGUAUCCAUUUUACUCGAUUCAAAGGUUUGCAAUGUAAAUCAAAUGAAUAACGCUGGAUACACUUGUGUGAUGCUCGUCUCAUUGGCAAAGCUGAAAAACGCUGCGCAUCGCACAGUCGUACAACGACUGUUCCAGAUGGCCGAUGUCAAUAUACGAGCCAAGAAGCACUGCCAAACCGCAUUGAUGCUGGCUGUUUCCCAUGGUAACUACGACAUGGUGGAGUUGCUGUUGGCCGCUGGCGCUGACAUUAACAUACAGGAUGAGGACGGUAGCACGGCGCUGAUGUGCGCGGCGGAGCAUGGACGCACGGAUAUUGUCAAGCAUUUAUUGUCACAGCCUGAUUGUGAUUCGCUAAUAGUGGAUGUGGAUGGCGCUACGGCUUUCAAGAUAGCCUGGCAGGCUGGACAUCGCGAUCUCGGUUUGUUGUUGUAUGUGCACGAGCAGAUGCUGCGCAGCAAACAGCCCAAUCGUGGUGAUGCAACGCGUGUUUCAUUAGAGCUGCCGCGACGCACGAAGCCUGCUAAGUGAGGGAGAACGCUGGAGCAAGUGUUUAUAGAAAGUGAGCCGCAUUCGUUAAAAAGGUAAAUGGCUAGCGGAGCGUAAGAUGAUUUCACUAAUACAAAGUAAAACAAAAAUCACUGAAUAACUGGAAAAUAUGUAAAACGAUGCCAGCCAAAAAAAAA